AUGGCUGGAGGAAAAGAGAUGGGAGGAGCUCCACUCAAACGGGUGGAAUCAUUGGAAAAAGAGUUGGGGCACCUGAAUGAUCGAAUGGAGACACAAGGGCAUCAGAUCCAACAUCGGGCGGAAUCCCUGGCAAAGAAAACGGGAGAAGAUUCAAUUAUGGAUGAGCCCGUUUUCUCCGUGUUGGAGACACCGAAAGAUGAUAGCGAGGGUUCACGACAAAGCAGCAUGGGAGGAUCCGGUGGACAUGGGGACGAAGGCGGCCGAACAUCGGGAGGCGAGUACGGUGGGGUGACGAAUUGGCGAUUUCGGAAAUUAGAUAUGCCAUUGUUUGACGGCGAAAACCUGGAUGAGUGGAUUUUAUGA